AUGGCAAGCCGUCAACCAGGUCAGAAUUUGGCACACCAGGCCGGCGAGUUGAGCGGCCAAGCUCAGGUGAAGAGGGAUGAGUUUCAGAACAAGGCAUCAGAGGUUUCUCAUGCUGCCCAGAAUAAGGCAUCAGAAGCAUCUCAGGCUGCCCAAAACAAGGCAGGAGAUGCUUCUAGCACUGCCCAAGAUAUCAAAGACCAAGCUUCUCACCUCCUCCAACAGACAGGAGAGCAAGUGAAAAGCAUGGCUCAAGGUGCAGCUGAUGCAGUGAAGAACACUUUGGGAAUGAAUAACCCUAGCAACCCAAACAACCCCGGCCACAACGCAAGCAAUCCAAGCAACAACCCAAGCAACCCAAACAACCCUAGCAACCCAAGCAACAACCCAAGGAUUUGA